AUGAUUUACCUGAAGCAGGUGUUUAUUCUCCUCACGGUGCGCUGCCUGAUGUGGAGCGGAACACACGCGGGACAGAGCAGGAAAAUACCUGCUGUGUCCUGUAAGUUUAAAGAGAAGAGCUUCAGUCCCGGAGAGAGCUGGCAUCCUUAUCUCGAGCCGUUUGGAUUCAUGUUCUGCAUCCGCUGUACCUGCACUGAAUCUGGCCAUGUGAAGUGUAACCCCAUCAAAUGCCCCAAUCUGCGCUGUGCCAACCCAGUGACGGACCCUCAGCAGUGCUGCCCACGCUGUGCAGAUGAGCAGAGAACCCCUGCUGGUUUGAGGGCCCCUGUUAAAACCUGUCGCCACAAUGGAAAUGUAUACCAAAUGGGGGAGAGGUUUACAAAUCCUGACCUGUUCCCUUCACGCCAGUCCAACCAGUGUGUUCUCUGCACAUGCUCUAAUGGAGAAAUUUUCUGUGCACUGAAAACCUGUCAGCCCAUCACAUGCUCGUCGCCCGUCUCUGUUCCAGAUUCAUGCUGCCUGGUUUGCAGAGAGGGGCCACCAGACAUCCAUUCAUAUGAGGAUGGAGGACAGCAACUGAACCGAGGAGUAAGGCACUGUGUGGACCACUGCGCCAGAGAGCAGACGAAGAACCGAGCCGUGCGGGUUCUUCCAACAACUGUUCGAGGCACCAGUCGAGCCCUCAACCUACAAACGCUGAACCUCAAAGGAGCUGCUGAGACUAGCGUCAAGAUCCUUCUUCAGCGCAAACACCAGAGAGCUUGCAUGUACAGUGGAAAGACGUACUCACAUGGUGACAUGUGGAACCCCCCCGUGAUGGGGAAAGUUCUGGAGUGCGUUCUGUGCACCUGUAAAGACGGACUACAGGAGUGCAGGCGCAUCACUUGUCCGAACCAGUACCAGUGCAAGCAUCCCAUUAAGAUCGAGGGGAAGUGCUGUAAAAUUUGCCCAGAGACGAAGCCGGGGACCAACAGGACGGAGUGUCUUCCUGGACAGGACAACAGUCUCCUGGUGUAUAAGGUCAAACCUGGUGCUUAUGCCAGGGACACGGUGCGAAAGAUUGCCAUAGCGAGAGAAGGAACCGCCAAGGUCGAGGUGCAAGUGUGGAAAACAGUCGAAGGGGUGCUUCGGUUGCUGGAGACGGGUGACGUUCAAAAGAAGGAUCUGGUCGAGCAUCCAGAGAAUUAUGUUCUACUGACCACGUUAGACGAGGAAACAUGGAAAAAGUUCAGAGCGGAGGAGAACAAGGAGAAAGACUUCAGCAGGAACUGGACAUGUGAAGAUGGGAUAAAGGAGGUAGUGAAGUACCUAAACCCCGGGCACCUGGACUCACUUUGUACCUCAUAGUCUGAAUUAUUCAAAAACUGUGGAACUGUGGAACAGCAUCAAAAACUUGGAUGCUGAGAGAAGGACCGCUGAGACCUCGGACUGGAGCGGAGUCAAUCAUGUGGUCUUGUCAAAAUACAGAACUGAGAAAAAGUAAAUAUAUACAGAUGUCUAGGUUUUAGUUAUGCCAGUGUUCUAGCAGAUGAGAAGUAUUCCUGUUUAUUAGAGAACAUGUCUAUUUGUACAGCGACUGAGAGAAAAAUGUAAAGGAAUGUUAACAGAUUAUUGUU